UUUGUUUUAAAAUUCAACACAAGAUCUGAAACUUUUAGAUGUGGUUACACAGAUGAAAAUUGUGACACAGUUUUAAAUGUAUCUAUAAUGACAGAAAUUGAAUCACUGUGGCAAAAUGAAUGUUACAUUUUUUUUUUCUGUGUGAUUUUUCCAGACAUUCAAGAUUACUGAUGGAGAAUAAAAGGCAAGAGGAAAAUUUUGUGAGGUAUUCUGGUGUUACAAUGAAAAUUGCAAAUGACAAGGUUCCAGUAAACUGUGAUGAACUGGACCACUCUGUACUUCAGACCCCUUUAAACCUUGGAAUAAGAGAUAUCCAACAGAUUCUGAACUGUUUGGAGGGUGGUACGAAAGAAGUAAAAGAUAUCAUCUUAAAUGAAUGCACCAUCAUUUAUGAGUGUAAGGUUUGUCAAAACAUGUUCAGAAGCCUUGAAAACCUUUUGGCUCACAAACGGUUUUACUGCAAGAUACACUUGUGUGAUUCAGUGGCUUUUCUGUUAGAGAAUUCUCCAGAGGAAACCAUAACAGUUGAACCAGAAAGUCCAAGAGAAGAAAAACACAAUCAUCUAGAUGUGGAUUGUACAUCUGAUGCUGUAAAUUCUACUGAUCAUGUCACAAAUGCAUUUGAAGAAUCCAUAAUUCAACUUUCUGUUCCAAAAAUUUAUACACCAACUAAGGAAACCAAAGAAAUUAGUAAAGCACUGCCCAAUAAAUCUCAUCAGGAUCAAAACAGCAGCCUCCUGAAAGAUCAUAAAGAGCAACAGCCACUAACAACAGAUUCUUCUGUUCAGCCAGUUCCUGGAAAUUCCAAUGUUGUGUUGCACACGACCAGAACAGCUGAAACAAUGAAUAAUAAGCUUUCUGAAGAGCUACAGAAGAUUCCAGAUGAGAGAGAUUUACCUAUGACAAAACAGGAUAUAGCUGUUAUUACAGAUACAUCAUCCAAUGCAAACACUGGAAAAGAAAAGAAAGAACUUGAUUGUUUUGUACCCCAAAGACCAUCAACCAGCAGAGCCAAACAACUGGCCAACCGUACAGAUUGUAAUAUUCAUACUCUGUCAUGUUUAAGAUGUGAGACACGUUAUGCCUCCAUAAAUACCCUCUUCUACCACAUGACUAGGAUCCAUGCUGAGAAACGAACAGUAUAUCCAUGCAUGUUAUGUAGUUCAACCUUUGUCCAGGUUUGGGGUUUAACACGUCAUUUGAUAUACUGUCAUCAAAAAACCAAAGCACAGGUAAAAGAGCUAAGAAAACAAAUAAAAUGCUUCUCCUUCCAAAAAAAACAAUAAAAAUAAUGAAGAAAAUGGAAAAAAACUUGCAAAUUUUGUACUCCUAAUAAUAAAAACAAAAAACUGCAGCUGCAUACGGGCUCAAAGCAUACAACAAAAUGUAUGUGCAAGUUUUCACAAGAUUCUGUUCAGCUAUACUUUGAUUGUCAGCUUGAGUCAACCACAGGUAAAACAGAUCAAAAAAUCAAACCUACAGAUGGAAUUAGUAAUGUUCCAAAUGUUAUUUCCCGACCCAAACGUGUAGCAGAGAAGAAAAUGCCUAAGGAUUUUGUAAACAGUCAAACUUUAUUUAGUCGAAGUUUGAAACAUGAUAAAAAUAGUCCAAGAAAAAUGUCUCCGAUAAAAGAUACAGAAAAGUUUGUAGACUUCAAAAAUGUUUUUUGUAAGAAGUGCCACAGGUAUUUUUCUUCUGUCUCAAGUUUAAAACGCCAUGUAGCAGUACAUGCUGGAGUACGACGUUUUAAGUGUAAACUGUGCUCUUACCUGUCGUACGCCAAGUCUGAUUGUCGUACUCACGUCAUACGGAUGCAUAAUAAACCAAACACUACUACAUUGUGGGUAGAGAAACAGAUUCUUGACCUUUGAAACAAUAUACUACCUAUUUAGACCCAAACAAAUGCAACAGAAGAAUCUGAUAAACACUUCAAGAAUGUAGAAGAUAUCAAGAAGGUAAAUCUUGCUGUAGAAUUAUGGAAUUAGUUACUAACUUUGACCAUCGAAAACUCCUACCAGGACAUUCUGGAGAAAAGAUAUAGAACAAUGUGUAGCUCAUCUUGAGGCAUGUAGUAGUUCUAGGUCUUCUCCAGGAAAGUUAUUAGUUACCUCAGUUUCUUCUUAUGCAAAGAAUAUCCCCAUUCCUUCAUCGAUCUAAGCAUCUUCGAAAGUUAGUGAUCCUCUUGUCACUCAGUGUGUAAUCUACAAGAAAAUGUCCAUGUUUUUUGUCUCCAGUGGCUGAAUCUGAAUGAAUAACUCAAAAUUUAAUGAUAAUUCAGUUACUAAGGAAGUUCCUAGUACUGUUAUUGUUUCCUUUAAAAACAUGGGUAUUGUUUUUCACGUAAAGGAAAAAGAAAAGCCUUUGGCAUAAAAGUAAAAUGAUUAUUAGAGAAAAUAUCUUAUUAAGUUCCCUAUUACAUUUCUUAAAGGCUAAUAAACUUUUGAAAUAAAUGCUUUAGCUUAAACUACCAAACUAUCAAGUUUUAUGCAAAAUUAUGUUUAAGAAUAUUGAAUUGAGAUUGCUUAUACGUGUAACACUAAGAAACUAUUUCAAAACAUUAAACUGGGUAAAAUAACUAAAUUUCACAAUAUAAAUAAACUUAUGUAAUUUACUAUAACUUUUUCUGGAAUAUUUGUUUAUUUCCAAGGGUGCGUGUGGAGUCCAAAGUAUAUUGUUUGUGAUUAACCUAACAAAGUAUAGGAUUUACUACAUUAUAAGUAAUUUUACAUAAAAUCAUUAAUUAUUUAGUUUGUGAUUGCUGAGUAUGUUGUAUGUUAAUCAUACAUUAUUUAGUGUAUAUAUUAAUAAUAAGUAUUAACUCAAAAUGUUAAUUUGUAUAUCUGUUCUGCACAUAAUUGAAACACAAUAUGGAAAGCAGUGAGUAUUAACUGUUUAAUUUGUUGUGUAUGUGAACUUCACAUCCUCUUUACUAACAGGCUUUUGAACCUUAGCUAAUACUGUUGACUGCUGGACUGGUAGUGUCUGUGAACCAUACUGUCAUUGAAACUCCAUUCCUUGGCAGGAGCAUGCUAAGUUUAAAGUGUAUAUCAAAAAUACACAUAUAUUCCUGUAAAUGGUUACUAGUAUUCCAUGUUACAGCUAGACUGUUCUUCAUACUAUAUAUAAGUGUUCCUGUAAAUGAUUACUAGCAUUCCAUGUUACAGCUAGACUGUUCGUCAUACUAUAUAUAAGCGUUCCUUUAAAUGGUUACUAGUAUUCCAUGUUACAGCUAGUGUUUGUUGUACCAUAUACAAGUGUUUCUGUAAAUGGUUACUUGUAUUCCAUGUUACAGCUAGAUUGCUGGUUGUACCAUAUACAAGUGUUUCCGUAAAUGGUAACAGUAUUCCGUGUUACAGCUAGACUGUUUGUCGUACCAUAUACAAGUGUUUCCAUAAAUGGUAACUAGUAUUCCAUGUUACAGCUAGACUGCUGGUCGUACCAUAUACAAGUGUUUCCGUAAAUGGUAACUAGUAUUCCAUGUUACAGCUAGACUGUUUGUCGUACCAUAUACAAGUGUUUCCAUAAAUGGUAACUAGUAUUCCAUGUUACAGCUAGACUGUUUGUCAUACCAUAUACAAGUGUUUCCAUAAAUUGUUACUAGUAUUCCAUGUUACAGCCAGACUGGUGUAACAUACCAUAUACAAGUGUUUCUGUAAAUGGUUACUAGUAUUCUGUGUUACAGCUAGACUGGUGUAACAUACCAUAUACAAGUGUUUCUGUAAAUGGUUACUAGUAUUCUGUGUUACAGCUAGACUGGUGUAACAUACCAUAUACAAGUGUUCCUUUAAAUGGUUACUAGCAUUCCAUGUUACAGCUAGAAUGUUUGUUGUACCAUAUACAAGUGUUCCUUUAAAUGGUUACUAGUAUUCCAUGUAACAACUAGACUGUUUGGUAGUAAGUCAAACUAAUAAUCCCCAUUGUCAGUAAAUAAAGUUAGUGAUCUUUGAUAAGUUAAGGAAAUUUUGUAAACUAUUAUAAUAAAGAAAGAUUUUAUCAUUA